GCCAAGUUGAAAGAUCUAAAUAUAUCGAUAACCUGCAUCAAAGUUUUCGGAGACUUCAUUUCUGGAUUCCUAUAAGUCUAUGGAAACGAUGCAGUGAACUCAUUGGUGCGCCUGACAUCAUAUGGUGAUAAUUCACCAUGGGGCUACGUAUAACGACUUGGAACGUGAAUGGAAUAAGGAACCCCUUCGGAUAUCAGCCAUGGCGAGAAAAGAAAACCUUCCAGGCAAUGUUUGACAUCCUCGAGGCAGAUAUAGUUAUUAUGCAGGAGACAAAAAUCCAGAGAAAGGACCUUCAAGAUGACAUGGUUCUUGUGCCUGGUUGGGACGCAUAUUUCAGUCUCCCCAAACAUAAAAAAGGGUAUUCUGGGGUCGCCAUCUACACUCGCUCAAGCGUCUGUUCCCCAAUCCGAGCCGAAGAAGGAAUUACUGGCAUUCUUUGUCCCCCUGGCAGCUCGCAAAGCUUUUUUGAUCUCCCUAACGAUGAGAGAAUUGGUGGAUAUCCAACGAUAUCACAGUAUGGGGAUUGUACGUUGGAUGCAGCCACACUCGACUCAGAAGGCCGUUGCUUGAUACUUGAAUUCCCUGCAUUUGUUUUGAUCGGAACCUAUUGCCCAGCCAACCGUGAUGAAACCAGAGAUCAUUUUCGCCUAGGCUUUCUGAAUGUCCUUGAUGCGAGAAUACGCAAUUUAGUGGAUGCCGGAAAGAGAGUGAUACUGGCUGGGGAUUUGAAUGUUAUCCGGGAAGAGCUUGAUACGGCGAAUGCUCAGGAGCGAAUGCGAAAGGAAGGGGUUACUGCUGAAGAAUUCUUCUCUACACCAGCUCGAAGGCUGUUUAAUCAUUUGGUUGAGCAUGGCAACGUCUAUGGCGAAAGAGAUGAAUGUCGAGCUCGGCCUGUUCUAACAGAUAUAUGCCGUAAAUUCCACAAUCGGCGGAGUGGCAUGUUCACGUGUUGGGACCAGAAAAAGAAUGCACGGCCAGGCAACUUUGGAUCUCGCAUCGACUAUAUAUGCGCAAGUCUGGACUGCAAAGAUUGGUUCUCCGAGUCAAAUAUUCAAGAAGGGCUUAUGGGAUCGGACCACUGUCCAGUCUAUGCUGUCAUCAGCGAUAAGGUACAGCUUGAUGGGAGAGAAACUGAUAUUAGGGACGUUAUGAAUGCGGUGGGAAUGUUUCAAGAUGGCUUUCGCCAGCGUGACUGGUCAAUCAAAGAUCUACUUCCCGCCUCCGCAAAACUCCUACCGGAAUUUGAUAGAAGGCGUAAUAUUCGAGACAUGUUUACCAAGAUGCCGCCUGCUACUCCUCUUAUCCAAGAAGAAAGCCUCACAGGUUUGGCUACAGCUGGUGGCGAACCCAGGCCUGAAAGCCCAACAACAGGUGAUGGCUGUGGAGUGGUAGAAGUGGGUUUAAGAGAUUCAUUUAGUACGGCUCCCCAACCUGGAGUUGUAAAAGAACAAGAAGGAGAUACAUCGAGUUGCAAUACUGGCAAAAAAGUCAACUCCAUGAUUUCUAAGAGCAAGCGCUCCGCAGAAUUACACUUGCAACGAGAUCAGAAACGCACGAAACCUGCCAGUGAAAAGGCUUCAACAAGCAAGAAUCGACAGAGAAUGGCCCAAAGCACGUUGCAAGGCUUCUUCACACCGAAAACACAAACCCCAGGUGGACAGCCCAAUGUCAACGUCAAUACCCAACCUUCCAGCUCUACUGGUAGUAACUAUUCUCUCAGUCCCUACCUCAGACAAGGGUUGACUUUGGGACCGGAUCAGGACACCCAAGAGGAUAUUUCUUCACAUAACGCCGGUGAAGGCUACAAUACCCCUAAGGAAGCUAAAUAUUUGUCAACUCUCGUUGAUGUUGACAAAGAGGGUGAUAUUAUCGACCCAAUUGUAGCCAAAGAGUCGUGGUCCAAGAUCCUUGGGACGCGUAUAGCACCUCGCUGCGAGCAUAACGAGCCAUGCAGAAUGCUGUCGACAAAGAAACCUGGCAUGAAUUGCGGACGGUCGUUCUACAUAUGUGCCAGACCACUCGGCCCUUCGGGUGAAAAGGAGAGGGGCACACAGUGGCGUUGUGGAACGUUUAUCUGGAGCAGCGAACACACAACUUCCGGGCAGUGAAAGGAGAUAUAUCCAUCUUGGUGUUUUCCUGUGCACUGUGGCCGCUUGUCAAUCUGUGAAGAUAUUGGAACUUGCGAACCUAUGGGCUCAAGCUUGGGCCUUCCAAUCUAGAAAUCGUACACGGUCUACACGGUCAACACGUUUUGAAGAAGUGGUCAGAAACAAUGCUGAGAAAGACGCGGGCAAUUCCACGGCGCAAUGAGAGACCCUGGACCUCCAGUGGUUAAAGAUCAUCUGGCAGCACAAGGAAUGCAGUCCCCAAGCUGGAAGGGUCGGGAUUUCGGGAUUUCGGGAUGGCGCACGGGCCCCAAGCUCGAAAGUUGGAAUUUCCUUUUCGGGAUAGCUUACGAAGGCCAAAGUUGCAACGCGUCAGAAAUGAGAGAAUCAAACUCGCAUCAGCUAUGCCAGUUUCUCCAAAGUUGAUGUCAAAGAAAGGAUUUGUCAAUUGCUCAAGUAGUUAGAUCCUACCAAAAGAUCCCGAUUAUCAAUAUUACGGAGCAACACACCAACAUUGUGCUGCAAUAGAGUAUUACAAUGAGGGAACCAUAGCUGAAUUUUCCGCCGGUGACUAUGAUAAAUAGAUCGUCCCUUAUUAUGACAUAUCUUUGUUGAGAAACGGGCAAUAACUUGCCCUGGACAUUUUAUGCUUUGGCACGUUAUGGCAGCAAUCAUUAUUAACGAGCACAACAAAUACUGGAUUGCUUUCUCUGCUUCAAAUAGAACAUUCGUGGUUCAUUUGUUUUGUUCCAUGCAAUACUGGAGAUCCCAGGACUACAUAAACCGAAGCAAAUCCUCUCGCUGAUGAAACCCGUCGUGAUCUGUAUUCGACAUCUAACCAGUUCCUUCCAUCUCUUUGUUGCAAACUAGCAAUUCAUCGUAAUAGAAUGCGGU